AUGAAUAUAUCGUUUUCUGGAUGUGGAUUUUUAGGCAUAUAUCAUAUAGGGGUAGCAUCAUGUUUAAAAACUUACGCACCAUACCUUUUGGAAAACAAAAUUUGUGGCUCGUCAGCAGGUGCCAUUUCAGCAUGCUGUCUACUUUGUGACAUACCUCUGGAAUUGAUGACUAGUCAAAUGUUAGAUAUCGUAAGAGAAUCGAGAUCAAAAGCAUUAGGUCCAUUUAGUCCAUCUAUGAAUAUCACAGAACAUUUAUACAAUCGUCUAAAUAAGGACUUACCUGAUGAUGCGCACAAGCGAGUAAGUGGUAAAUUAUUUGUGUCCCUAACAAGAGUUCCGGAUGGCAAAAAUGUCAUCAUGUCUCAAUUUUCUAGCAAGGAAGAAGUGAUACAGGUAUUAUUAGCUAGUGCUUUUAUUCCAGUAUUUUCUGGAUUUGUGCCACCUUUGAUUGGUAAAUACAGGUAUAUUGAUGGUGGAUUUACUGACAAUUUACCUAUAGUUGAUAAGAAUACCAUAACUAUUUCACCAUUUAGUGGUCUUACUGAUAUUUGUCCCCGUGACAACCCUAUUAAAAAGUAUUUAAUGCUUGCUAAAUUGUGUUAUCAAGGUUUUGAUGAUGCUCUAAUAUUUUUGCAAAAAAAUAAUCUAAUUAAUUGUAAAAUGUGUUUAAUUCGGCGAUAUGCUUUUAUAUUAUCCAAGAAUAAUAUUUAUGACAUGGCUGGCUACAACCCUUCAUGUAUUGAUUGCAAAUGGAAUAAUGCUUUUGCCAAAGUACAAGGAAUGCCAUACUUCAUCACAUAUACUUUAGACAGAUACAUUGACUCACAUAAUACCAUUUUCAACGGACUCUUAAAAUCUAAAGGAAUGCUAUUAGUAAAAUUAUUCACCCAACCUUACAUAGCUAUGGCAGAUUUAGCUUGUGAAUUUGUAUUCAAGGUUAUUCGUUCUUCUAGACAUUUUCAAAAACCUAUGUGGACAUUAUCCAAGUAUGCUAUAAAUAGUUUAUUGCAUUUUAUUGAUAUUUUCAGUGAAAAAGGCUUAGAAUUUAUUGACAAAAUAUUAUCCUACAGUUGUAUGCCAAUCGAAAUUCAUGGAAAAGAUUCACCUUAUUAUUAUUAUUACAACAAAAGGCAUGAAUAUAAAAAGUGUAUAAAAUGUUCACAAAAUUGCAUAGAAUAUUUUAUUAAUUACAGUCUUACAGCUUCAUCUAUAACUAUAGAUUCUAAUGGUUAUACAUCAUCUCAACUGUCUAAACUUAACUUGCAUGGUCAUCAAAUUAAAUCUACGGGGACUGAAAAACAUUGUAAUACAGAAUGGGAACUGUCUUUAAUCUCAGAAACAUCAACUGAAAUUGCCGCUGAUGAAACUUUAAAUAGGUACUACAAGAGUUGGAUUAUCUGA